AUGAAAUACAAUGUGAUCCACGACUAUCUCUCGCAGGUUGGAGCUGCCUAUGCCUCGCGCAGUCAGGAUCCGUUCACCUUGGCCACCCUCUUGGUCGUCGAUGCUCAGAAGCACGCCUUGUUGUCCCAUGCUCUGCGAGCUGUGAGUAACCAGUCUGCUCGCUGAUACGCGCUGCCUUCCUGCCUGAUUGCCCUCCGUGCCUACAACCCUCACCUGUUUCAGCCUCAGAACUCGGAUCUGCCCAAGAAGCUGCACACUCUUCUGCGCGUACAAAAGACGGACAGAUUGGUGCCGUUCAUCGACUCGCUCUUCAACUAUUUGGCUACUCAACCUCCCACUGCGCAAUUGGUAGCUCGAGGUCCUGCUCAACUGCCCAUCCAGGCCUACAGACCCGCCUUUGAUGCUUGGGCUGCUGUUUGGACGUAAGUCGAGUCUUUCCGGCAAAGGUGGAAGAAGCGGAGGUGAUAGCUGGUUGCUGUCUGGAGGUGGACGCGGUAGACUUCAAAGGGGGAAACUGCGCCACACACGCCAACUCAUAUGCACUCUUACUCCCUACAGCAAAGCAUUUGCCAUCUUCUCGCUGCCUGACGCCACGUGGUUUGGAGCCAGUCUCAGACACUUUGGUCUGGUAUUGCUGCAUCUAGCCGUCAAGGUGAGUGGAACCACUGCGCUUGGCUCCGGACACUCGCCAUCGUGCUCACUCUCUCCCACACCUUUCGUGAUGAUGGUUUAGGCUGACAAGUACCAGGUGCAAACCAGCAGCACAAAGAACCCUUGCAUCACCGAUGCUGCAUCGAAAGUGUCCAAGGCUGCUGGGCUGGCUGCCAUCGAUCGAACGCCAGCGGCGGGACAAGAGACGAAGCGAAGGGAAGUCUUAUGGCUGGCCAACUUGAGCUUCUACGCCUACUUCAAGGUGAGUUUCUGGAAUAUAGUGGCAAUGUUGAGCGCAUCGCUGACAUUUCAUGCCCGGCUCGGACAGCUCAACAACCUGCGCUUAUGCGAUACCGUCCUGUCCUCAGUCGACAGCGCCUUCGCUUUGAACAGGCAAUUCGCGCCACCAACGACAUCUGUUCUGGCAGGAGCAAACGCAGAUCAGGGCGAAAGCUGCUACAGUCGAGCAGAUAGGGUGACCUACAGGUACUACUUGGGUCGCUUGAGGCUCAUGCAGCAUCGCAUUCGUGUAGUGCGUGGCCACCAGCUGCUUCUUGCCGCGGCAUGACGUAUCUGCUGACAAAAUUAUCGCACAACUGCCCCACCUUCUUCUGCUCACGAAGGCACACACGCAUUUGCGAUGGGCCUUCGACAACUGCAUCGUCUCUUCGCGCAACAAAGUGUGAGUCGAAGCGCACUGCUCUCGAACUCUCUUAGGGUCAAAGCUGACGUCUGCCUGCACCGUAAUUCGCAGCUUCAUCUUGGUUCCACUGCUUGUAGCCUCGCUCAUCUUGGGUCAUUAUCCCACGCCAGCUCUUUUACAGGCAUCAGGACUGCAUCCUCAAUUCGGACCGCUGGUAGAGAGACUGAGAUUAGGCGAUGGGGCUGGAAUGCUGCAGGAGCUGAACAGGUGGAGAGAGUGGCACAGAUCCAGGGGCAUCUAUCUUUUGCUCAGGGAGAGGCUGCAGACUGCCUGCUGGAGGAACCUUAUUCGACGAACGUGA